AUGGGGUGGAGGCUGCAGCCGCCGUUCUCAGACCCCUUGGAAGAACCCCGGCCUUUUCUCGGGUCAGCAUGGGCACUUUGGUUGGAACACCCUGGCUGGAGCGGGAGUCCUGCAGUCCCCUUGCUUGCCUGCUCCGGGCUCUCUGGGGUCUCACCAGCAGGAGUGCGGGUGGUCAUCCUUGAGCCCCAGCCCCUCAGAGCCCCUGUCUACAUGUGCUUUCACUCCCUCAGCCUGCAAGGGUCAGAUUUGCCAUUGAAAAUGAUAACCUCUACUUUUUUCUUUUGUAUUUUGAUAAACACUGAAGAAGCUGGAGCUGUUAAACUUUAUCUUGGGGAAAACCUCAGAACUGGUUUAUUUGGUGUCGUGGAACCUCUUACUGCUUUCAAUACACAAUUAGUAAUCAACUGUUUUGUAUACUUGUUUUCAGUUUUCAUUUCGACAAACAAGCACUGUAAUUACAGCUAUUAG